UCAGCGCGACACACAGGAGCGCACCGAAGACUCAAGCUCAACACCAGACAUCUCUGCCGUCUGUCUCCGUGCGCGCUUCUAUAGGAAACAAAACAUGUCUUGGCUCUGUGUGGUUCCCCACUGCCCCAUCAAAAAAGCAGCUGAAAUUGAUGAAAGGUAUUCAAAUCAUCAGGGAGUUUUAAAAGUUAGCACACCAUCUUUGGUAUGAUACGUUUGGCGUGGAGUGUUUGGUGGAUCGCGCAGCGCUUCAGUUUGGAUGCUACAAGUUUAAAGUCGAAGCGCGUUUUGGAUGAGAAUACAUCUGGAAAUGGGGGAUCAACACCAAAGGUACCCAGAAUGGAUUUAACUACUAUCACAUUCCACUCGCCGAACUCAUCCGCGGAUACUAAUGGCACGAGCGCGCCGAGACCCCCGCCGCAUUCCCAGUACGCAGCGGUGCUCAUCAUUCUCGUGGUUACCGUGAUCAUCUUGGUGACCAUAGUGGGGAACGUAUUAGUGGUGGUGGCCGUGUUCACCAGCCGCGCGCUGCGUGCGCCACAGAACCUCUUUCUGGUUUCUUUGGCGUCUGCUGAUAUUUUGGUGGCCACUUUGGUUAUUCCAUUCUCCCUAGCCAAUGAAGUGAUGGGCUACUGGUACUUUGGAAGCACCUGGUGUGCCUUCUACCUAGCUUUGGACGUGCUCUUCUGCACGUCAUCCAUUGUGCACCUCUGCGCCAUAAGUUUGGACCGCUACUGGUCGGUCACCAAAGCGGUCAGCUACAACCUAAAGAGAACCCCGCGGAGAAUAAAGUUUAUGAUCACAGUGGUGUGGGUCAUUUCGGCCGUGAUUUCCUUCCCACCGCUUCUCAUGACCAAACACGACGAGCUGGAGUGCUUGCUGAACAACGAGACCUGGUACAUCCUCUCCUCCUGCAUGGUGUCGUUUUUUGCGCCUGGUCUCAUAAUGAUUUUGGUGUACUGCAAGAUCUACAGGGUGGCCAAACAGCGUGCGUCCACCGUGUUCGUGGCUAAGAACGGGAUGGAGCGACAGCCUUCGCAAUCCGAGACCUGCUUUGUGCGUAAAGGCAAGUCAGAGAUGGAGAGCCCCAGCAGCCACAGCUCAGGCAGCCGAGAGCGCAAAGGCGAACUCGACGACAUCGAUCUUGAGGAGAGCAGCGUCUCCAACAGGCAAAGAAACUCGCGCUUCGCCAAGAGUAGGAAGGUGGAAGGAGCACACGCGUGCCCAAAGCAAAAUGGACGGCUGUCAUGGGCAUGUAGCCGCGCGUCGGAGCUCGAUCAGGAGCCGAAGGCGCGUCAGUUGUCUUUGUCCAAGUCCAAACUGGCACAGAUGAGGGAGAAGCGCUUCACCUUCGUGCUGGCAGUGGUUAUGGGGGUGUUCGUGCUUUGUUGGUUUCCUUUUUUCUUCACGUACAGCCUUCAUGCCAUAUGCCGAGAAAGUUGCACAAUUCCGGAUUCUCUAUUUAAUCUCUUUUUCUGGAUAGGUUACUGCAACAGCUCUGUGAACCCCAUCAUUUAUACCAUUUUCAAUAGAGACUUUAGGAAAGCUUUCAAAAAGAUAAUGUGUCAGCAUUCUACACGCACGUGAAUGCGCACACAUAUGUAUAUGGGUCAAUGACAAAUAACAGUGUCAGUGAUGAUUAAGAGAGGAAUCUUUUGAAUAUAAUAUAAUAUAAUAUAAUAUAAUAUAAUAUAAUAUAAUAUAAUACAUCUGCCUUAAAAUGUCAAGUGGCGUAACCAUAAAAUAAAGCUAUUAAAAUUAUUUUUUGCACAUUAUAUACAUGUAGAUAAAUUAUAUAAAAACGCUUUCAAAUGGUUUGCAAAUAAUAUUUGUAUUAUUAUAUCAUGAAUUUUGAUUUAUAAAUAUCAUAACAUUUUUUUAGGCUGACCCCAUUUGACCUAAACAAAUCAUCUUGACUUUUAUGGUUUUCUUGUCACAUGAAAACAAAAUCACUUUCUGCAUGUUGGCUACAGCACACUGACUUUGUUUUUAUUUUAUUUUAUUUUAUUUUAUUUUAUUUUAUUUUAUUUUAUUUUAUUUUAUUUUAUUUUAUUUUAUGAAAAUAUAAAUAAAAUAAAAAUAUCCAGAUGGUUACACUGCUUUGACAUUUUAUUUCUUUAGGCCAGAUUCUGACUUUUAAUUUAGAAAUUAGAUCAUUUUAUCAUAGAACAGGUGUAUUGAAGUAGGAAUUGCAUUUUUGUUAUAUUUUGGAAAUUAUUUAAUGGAUCCUGAUCAUUGACCCAUAUAUAAUAAAUGUGUUGACAUGUAAACAUCUUGUUUACCCAUGUAUGAGUUUGUCUGUGUGCUUUGUAAAUAGUGUUACGGGAUCUCUAAGCAUUUCUCUUGCUUGUGCACCUGUUUUGGACUGUAGUGUAUUCAUAUUUGAGAUUUUAACUUAAAAUACACAAUAUGUUUAUUUCCUCAGAUAAACAAGGGCAGGUUACCUGGUCAAAUGUGAAAACUCAUUUAAAGACCACACAUGGCAUGGCAGGCCAAUUAAUUAUGUAUUAUUUAUAGGAGAACAUGUUCUUAAUACAUUAAAACUGGAUCGAAACAGCUUGGAUAUGACAGACACUUUCAUUAAAUUGGUUCAGUGUACAAAGACAUUAAUGUGGGACAUUAUAAUA